AUGCUGCGGGGAAUAUUUUUAUUGACUAUUUUUACUUGGAGUUUGGACUCAUAUUGUCCGUUUAAAAAUCUGGAAAUUUCCAGAGCAUUCGUCGAUGACCUCCUCGUCAUCCCAACCGAUGACUAUCUAUCCGUCGAAAAAGAGGAGGCUUCAGAAGUUUGUGAGAUUGAAAUUCACAGCUCUACCGGAGAUUUGCUAUUGGUUUCUAUCACUAAUUUCCUAAUGUUUUCUCAUAGAAGACCCAGAAAUCCAAAUGAUAUUAUCGUGAGGAACAGUGACAUGCAGUUCAUAGUGGAUAGUAAACCGAAGGGCUACCAACUAAUGAAGACACCCAUCUGGUUGAUCAUCCCAAUGAAUUUGAAUUUCCGCUCAAUUCUAUUAUUCUCAAAUCCCAAAGAUUGCUUUUCCUACGACACCCUGAGAUGUCCAGAUUAUAGUCUUUGUUACAACUGCUCCAAAUACUGUUUCUCUACAGAAUUAGAAUGUGACGGGUAUGAUACUUGUGGGGAGGAUGAGUCGAGUUGCACUUUUAUAAAUCCCCGCACCCCUCAUACCUCGUACCGUUACGGGAGAGAUGCGCUCUCGUCAAGUCAGAUUAUGUUAAUCGGAUUUUUUGCACUGAAUGGGUCUUUUAUAGUAUUCUUCCUAAUCCUCUCGCUCUGCUCCGCUGGCCUCUUCUAUCGAUGCCCUUUCUACGCCAAAAAUAGCAAAGCCUCCCGCCACACCUUCAUUCGUUAUCUCCGCGAAGCAAUCCCACCAGCCCUCGCUCCACCAUCACAACCAGAUCAAGGGGAUCAGGGAAAAAAUGAAAACGAGAUUACACUGACUGUACCAUCGACACCUCCAGGACAUACACGUCAUCGUCAUUCGAUUCUGAGCAGAAUCAAUUUUCAGCCGGCGCCCGCGUUGAGUGAGAUUGAGCCGGAAGUCGAGGACCGUGAACAGUCUUCACAAGAGUCAAUUUGUGAGCCACCUGCUCAUCAGCCUGAAGUAUUUCUUCGACGACAGAGCUUACCGUUCGGAUUGAAUGCAGUUCCCCUCUCCACGGAUUCAAUGACAAAGACAGAUGACAAGAAGACUAGAUUCGCAUCUAGAGCCAUGUCAUUUCAACAUUAG